GUGAACUGCUCUUCAAAGUAAAAGCGCAUCUGCAAAAGUAAUGUUUGGAAGUAACACAGUGAAAAAUAGUAAAAUAAAAAAAUGACUUAUGUAAUUGCACUUGUAUACAGUUACAUUUUCAUAUACUCCGCUUAAAUGUAUUGUAUUUUAUUAUUAUAAUUUUAAAAGCAGCCUGUGGAUAUGGUGUUUAUUUUGAAUGUUUGAACCGGAAGUUUAGUGUGUCGUUAUUAACUUGACGUCACCAUCCCAGCUGCCGUUCAUUGAUUAUUCCAGCAGUUAACUGGGAGUGGGUACCGUUACCGUUACCGUGCUGUGUACAGCCCCGUACAGCCAGGGAGCCAGUGUGUCCGGUAAACGGUACCGUGCUGUAUACAGCUAGGGUAAAUCUGUAUACAUCUAAAGGCUCUCACGGUAAGACAUGAUGUCGGGAUGGGAACACUGGAGCAUCCAGAUGUUACCAUCUGGUCCAUCCGCUAGUCUGACGCUAGUCUGACGGGAGGACGUCAUUGUGGAUGUUGAUGACGUUGUUUCCAUGUAUUGACAGUAAUAAUCAGUGAUGACCAUGAACAAUAUGAAGGAUGCAGCGACUAUCCGCCAGCAGAGCUCCGACAAUAACUCCGUCAGCAGCAGUGAGUGGGACAUGGCUAAUGAUGUUUUUGUGUCCGGAUACGACGACACUCCGAUGGGAGAUGGGGUUGCUGCUGGGGACCUUGUUGGGGACCUUGCUGAGGACCUUGUUGGGGACCAUGCUGGGGACCUUGCUGGGGACCUUGUUGGGGACCUUGCUGGGGACCAUGCUGGGGACAAGGACCCACAGCAGCCCGGCUUGGACAGACACCUGCCGCUCUUGUCCCCGGAUGGCAUGAUGCUGGGCCUGGCUGGGGACGAAUAUUCGGGCUCAUCGUAUCUGGACAUUGAUCCAAACUACACAGAAAGUGACGGCAACGUCACGACCAAGAAGCGGAUCCGGUCCAACAGCUCCCGGCACCGCGGGGAGAUCGUCACGGAGCUGGGACCGGAGGAGGUCCGCUGGUUCUACAAAGAGGACAAGAGGACGUGGAAGCCGUUCGUUGGACACGACUCUUUAAAGAUCGAGACGGUCUACCGGAGGUUCAGUGAGCAGAACCCGGACAAGGUCAAACGACCCGUGGAUCCCUCCGAGGCAGCCCGGUCAGGAGACAUGCAGCCGGACAGCGGAGCGGCGGACGGGGGGCAGGAGGAGAUCAGGGACCCGGUCCCGGUCCCGGACGUGGAGGCAGUGUGUGUCAGAGGGGGACUCUAUGAAGUGGACAUCAGGGAGAAGGAAUGCUACCCUGUUUACUGGAACCAGCAAGAUCGUAUUCCUGUGAUGAGGGGCCAGUGGUUCGUCGAUGGAACGUGGCUUCCCCUGGAGGAGGACGAGAGUGAUUUCAUCGAGAUGGAGCACCUCGCCCGUUUCCGGGGGCAACAGAUGAGGGACACCUACGAGAUGGAGGUAGUGACCACCACAGUGGACAUCAAGGAUGCCACCCACAGUCGGAAGCUGAGCAGGAGCCACGUGGACUGGCACAGUGUUGACGAGGUGUACCUGUACAGCGACGCCACCACCUCCAAGAUUGCACGCACCGUCACUCAGAGACUGGGCUUCUCUAAAGCCUCCAGCAGCGGGACACGUCUCCAUCGAGGAUACGUGGAAGAGGCAGCACCCGAGGACACCCCACCUGAAACCACACACAUCGUCUUUGUGGUGCACGGCAUCGGCCAGAAGAUGGACCAGGGCCGCAUCAUCAGGAACACCAGCAUGAUGAGAGACGCUGCCAGGAAGAUGGAGGAGAAGCACUUCUCUGAUCGCACCACAGAGCAUGUAGAGUUCCUUCCUGUGGAGUGGAGGUCCAAGCUGGCUCUGGAUGGAGACACGGUGGACUCCAUCACCCCGGACAAAGUGCGAGGCCUCAGAGACAUGCUGAACAGCAGUGCCAUGGACAUCAUGUACUACACCAGCCCUCUGUACAGAGACGAGAUUACCAGGGGUUUGACUCUGGAGCUGAAUCGUCUGUACUCACUCUUCUGCUCGCGAAAUCCAGACUUUGAGACAAAUGGGAAGGUGUCCAUAGUAUCGCACUCGCUAGGCUGCGUCAUCACCUACGACAUCAUGACAGGCUGGGACCCCGUGCUCUUUCAUCAUCAAGAAGCGCCGGACCCGGAGGAGACGAAGGUCCGCUGGCCGAGUGAUGAGGAGCGCCACCUUCAGGAGCAGCUGAGACUCACACGCCUCAGGUUGAGGGACUUGGAGGAUCAGUUCCAGGGUCUGCAGACCUCAUCUUGUGCAAUGCCAGCCUUGAAAUUCAAGGUAGAGAACUUCUUCUGCAUGGGCUCUCCUCUGGCUGUUUUCUUAGCGUUGCGAGGGAUCCGGCCUGGAAACAGCGUUGUGCAGGACCACAUCCUCCCCACAUCUAUCUGCAAACGCCUCUGCAACAUAUUCCAUCCCACAGACCCCGUGGCAUACAGACUGGAGCCUCUUAUCUUAAAGCACUACAGUAACAUCUCACCUGUUCAAAUCCACUGGUACAACACCACCAGCCCGACACCGUACGAUCAGAUCCGGCCCACGCUGCUCAACCCAGUGAAGGAGAAGGAGACGGCAUCGGUCUCGGACUCAGAGAGCAUCCCCAGCCCCUGCACAUCCCCCCCCCAGGCCCGACGGCACUAUGGAGAGUCCAUCACCAGCCUUGGCAAGGCCAGCAUCAUGGGUGCUGCCAGUCUUGGAAAGGGAAUCGGAGGAAUCCUGUUUUCCCGUUUCUCCCGUUCUAGUGGCCAGGUGGGCGGAGUGGAGGAGGAGCCGUUAGAUUCUGAGGGUGAAAAUUUGGCAUCAGGAGAGGAAGGAGCACCGGCGGCAGAGAGCGAAGAGAAGGACAAAGAAAUAGAGGAAGAGAGAACGGAGGUGGAGCCCAUCAUGUCCCAGUCCAUCUCCGCUGUCAUGGACAGCACCUCGUUGGAACUGGAGCGACGCAUCGACUUUGAGCUGCGGGAGGGCAUGGUGGAGAGCCGCUAUUGGUCAGCAGUGACCUCACACACGGCCUAUUGGUGCUCUUACGACGUGGCUCUGUUCCUCCUCACCUUCAUGUACAGACCACAAGAGCCUGUUGAACCUGCAGAAGAAAACCCAGAGACCUCAUAACGGGCCAACUGACACACGGAACCAUCACGGCGGGGGGGUCACUUCACUUUCUAAUCACACCUUUUCACAUAUAAACUGAGAGCCCAACUUAUGGAACACAAAAUGAAGAAUGAAGUCACUUCAUUUUCUAAUUUCUUAAUUCACAUAAAAACAAUUCUCUGCUUGACCCAAUUUUUGAAAUGUGAAAUAUUAAAUAUAAAUAAUAUAUUAUAAAAUUAUUAGAUAUAGGUUUGGGAAAUUUUGGAAGACUAAUUAUUAUUUAAAAUUAUGUUUACAUUUUGUUUGAUCAAACAGUGAUUAAUGCUUAAUUUAAUUUAACUUCAUUAUUUGUUACUAUUUGAUAGGAAGACGUUCCCUGCUAGCAGCCUAAAGUAAACACCAGAGGGUAGUUUUCAUUUUAAUGUUGGCUGUAAUAAGUUUUCAAACUUAAGAAAUUUCUAUUUUUCACUUGAAUUUGUCAUCCAUCAUACACCCACAAUGGCAAAAACAGUUUCAAUUUGAAUGAAAGAUUUCAUGUUAAACUUGUCAGUCCUUGACGUGCUGCUAGCAGAGCAAACUGAUCCACUGUUAGAACCAAGUGAAUUGAAAUGAAUUGACCCAACACAGACACACAACCUCUUAAUUCCUCCCAGUUUACACACUCUGACCUCGAUGUGACCUUUGCUCUAGACUGAGCAGACAGACAGUAUGCUGUGCCUGUCCUCUGUUUCCUGUUGUGUCCGGCCGUAUCGAUGACGUCCCACUGAACAUUACCUGUCUGAUCACAAAGCUCUGCUGGUCCUGACUGUGGAUGUGCUGCUGAGACUGUAGCCGUAGAGGAAGCCCCAGUGUCCAUGCCUCAGAGGAGUGAUCAUGGUAGGUCAUAUUAUAGAGAAGGCUAUAGGGAAUUCUUUUCCAGCACAGUGCACCACUCAGACAUUGAAUCUUAAAAUGUGAAUACAACAUUUAGUGAUUUUGACCACUGGAGGGCAGAAAGACUCCUGUAACAGAGCCUCCGUAUACCAUCCACUUAUCAUGUGGCUGUUAGCAGCUAACAGUUACCCAACACUAACAGUGUGUCGACACAACGUUAGCUAACUAACAUUAACAGAGCAGCAGCUUCAGUGCUUCCUCUGUGUCUACACAGGAUUCAUUCAAGCUACAGUAUUGAAUGCAGGUCACCUGUAGGUCAGAGUCCAACACACAGAAGGAAGACAAAUAGGUUUUUUAUCAUUUCAAUGCUGCUCGAAAAAGUUGCUACCUUUAGGGUGUCUGUAUUUACAUGCACUGAAGUAACCAGGAGCCCUAUUUAAACCAUCUACAAUGCAUGGUCUAAAGUGCAUGAUGCAAGUGCAUUUAGGGCGUGUCUAACUCUAAUAUUGCUAGUUAGGCGGUGCAUAACCUGUGUGCAGAGUAAGGCACAAGAGACAAAGAGGUUGUAUUUAGUCUCUUAAUCAAUCUGAGGUGUGUUUUGGGCGUAACAGGAACUAAACUAAUCAGAGUGUCCCUUUAAAAGCCAGGUGCUCCUGCACCGGGCGCGUCGCUAUUUAAACGGAUGAUUUGGUAAAUUGGAGAAGCGAGCGGUUUUCUGCUGAGGAAACAGAGCUGGUCGUGCACAAAGUGAGAGUGUGUGAGCAGAUGUAUGUGGUGUUUGGCUGGUGGACCCUCUGCCUCCACCGUCUCCUGAUCCUCUGUCCCGUCAACAUCUCCAUCUGACUGCAUACGAGCAAAUGACUGAUGACCUAUUUAAUAAAUAAUGAAAACUGUAAUACUUUCUGAUGCAACCCAUGGGGGGGGGGGGGCUCAGACCAGCUGAGCAGAAUCCUCCACAGCUGCUUCACGCAUGGACCUGCAGUCCAGCCCAGUCGCACAGCAGUUCGUGAAAUAGUCCCGAAAAUUAAAUGUAUUGAUUCGUGUACAUCGUGAUGGUCAGCACGAAAUCAGUUCGUAUGUAAUCCACGUACCAGGAAGCAGGUGAACCAGGAAGUAUAAAGAGCGACGAACGCCGCCUCGGGAUGAGGUCGGGGUGGAAGAGUGGAAUAAACACAGGACUUUGACCAAGAGACCGGUGUUCAUGUCCCGUCCUGUGUGAAACCACAAGUCAAAGUGGAUUUAUUUGCCACGUAACUUACUGUUAUUUGAA